AUGAGUAAUCAGUACCAGGAAGAGGGCUGUUCUGAGAGGCCCGAGUGCAAGAGUAAAUCUCCAACUUUACUCUCCUCCUACUGCAUCGACAGCAUCCUGGGCCGGAGAAGCCCGUGCAAAAUGAGGCUUCUGGGAGCCGCGCAGAGCUUGCCUGCCCCGCUGGCCAGCCGCGCUGACCAGGAAAAAGCCAUGCAAGGCUCCCCCAAGAGCAGCAGCGCCCCGUUCGAGGCCGAGCUGCACCUGCCACCCAAGCUGCGGCGCCUGUACGGCCCGGGCGGGGGCCGCCUUCUCCAGGGCGCGGCGGCGGCGGCGGCAGCGGCGGCAGCGGCGGCGGCCGCGGCAGCCACGGCCACCAGCACCGCAGGUCCCCGUGGAGAGGUUCCGCCGCCGCCACCGCCAGCUGCACGGCCAGGGGAGCGUCCGGACAGCGCAGGGGCCGUGGCCGCCGCCGCCGCCGCCGCCGCUGCCUGGGACACGCUCAAGAUCAGCCAGGCACCGCAGGUGAGCAUCAGCCGCAGCAAGUCGUACCGCGAGAACGGGGCGCCCUUCGUGCCACCGCCGCCCGCCCUGGACGAGCUGGGUGGCCCGGGGGGUGUCGCACACCCCGAGGAGCGCCUCAGCGCGGCCAGCGGACCCGGCAGUGCCCCGGCGGCAGGUGGUGGCACGGGCGCCGAGGACGACGACGAGGAGCUCUUGGAGGAUGAGGAAGAUGAAGAGGAGGAAGAGGAGCUGCUGGAGGACGACGACGAGGAGCUGCUGGAGGACGACGCCCGUGCGCUGCUCAAGGAGCCCCGGCGCUGCUCUGUGGCCACCACCGGCACGGUGGCCGCCGCCGCCGCUGCUGCUGCCGCCGCCGCCGCCGCCGCCGCCGUGGCCACCGAGGGCGGGGAGCUGUCGCCCAAGGAAGAGCUGUUGCUGCACCCGGAGGACGCCGAGGGCAAGGAUGGAGAGGACAGCGUGUGCCUGUCCGCCGGCAGCGACUCGGAGGAGGGGCUGCUGAAGCGCAAACAGAGGCGCUACCGCACCACGUUCACCAGUUACCAGCUGGAGGAACUGGAGCGGGCUUUCCAGAAGACGCACUACCCUGAUGUCUUCACCAGGGAGGAGCUGGCCAUGAGGCUGGACCUGACUGAGGCCCGAGUCCAGGUGUGGUUCCAGAACCGUCGGGCCAAGUGGCGCAAGCGGGAGAAGGCUGGCGCGCAGACCCACCCCCCGGGGCUGCCCUUUCCCGGGCCGCUCUCGGCUACCCACCCGCUCAGCCCCUACCUGGACGCCAGCCCCUUUCCCCCGCAUCACCCUGCGCUUGAUUCGGCUUGGACCGCCGCGGCGGCUGCGGCUGCAGCUGCCUUCCCGAGCUUACCUCCGCCCCCGGGCUCUGCUAGCCUGCCGCCCAGCGGGGCGCCGCUGGGCCUGAGCACUUUUCUGGGAGCAGCCGUGUUCCGGCACCCGGCCUUCAUCAGCCCAGCAUUUGGCAGGCUCUUUUCCACCAUGGCCCCCCUGACCAGCGCGUCGACCGCGGCUGCGCUCCUGAGACAGCCCACACCCGCGGUGGAGGGCGCAGUGGCCUCGGGCGCGCUGGCGGACCCGGCCACCGCCGCCGCAGACAGACGCGCAUCGAGCAUAGCCGCGCUGCGGCUCAAGGCUAAGGAGCACGCUGCGCAGCUCACGCAGCUCAACAUCCUGCCGGGCACCAGCACGGGGAAGGAGGUGUGCUAAAGGCUGCCCUCCGCCCUUGCGCCCGCCUCUAGGGCGCGCCCGGAAAGGUCACCUCACUCAGCACCACUCAAGACCAAAUGGAAACAGAGGACCAGCUCACUCCCAAGACGGCACAGACAGAGCGCAGCAGCCAUCGCAGCAGUCUGGACGAGGACAAGGCAGCCCUUGGCGCUAAACGACGUGGCACCUCUACCACUGGCUGUCCACCUGCCCUUGUCCCUGUCCCUGACCCUACCCCUGCC